CCAAAGAUAAAGAAACACGGUACAGCUCAUAACAAACCCAACUCUCCUUAUAUAUCCUCUUCCUCCUUUCCUACCCUAAUUCUCAGUAGCAAUCAAACACAACAGAAACUUAAAUUCAAAGCGGAAAUACAUAUAUACCAAUUAUUGGAAGGGUUUUUCUUUUUUGUUUUUUUUUUUUUAAAUCAGAGAACCAAAAUUAUGGCAAACCUUGUCAACAAGUCCGGCAAGGCAGCGCCGGAGAAACCAAACUUUACUCAGACUUGUAACCUUUUGAGUCAGUAUCUGAAGGAAAGAGGCAGAUUUGGAGAUAUUAAUCUCGGGAUUAAUGGAAAGAUUGAAGCUAAAGGUUCUGAAUCAUCUAGACUACCUAAAACAACACUGAAUCUACUGCCUGAUAUUGAGCAAAAUUCAUCUGCAGAGAAUCCAUCUAGACCAUCAUUAUCUGCAGAGAUAAAAACUGCAGAUUUUUUUCCAAAAUUUGUGGGUUCUGGAUCUCCAUAUCCCGUUGAAGACUCCGCUAACAAGUCUGCAGAUUUGAGGAAACCCCCUUCCUCAAUACCAGCAGAUCCAGUACCAGCACAAAUGACUAUAUUUUACGGCGGUCGGGUGAUGGUAUUUGAUGAUUUUCCGGCUGAUAAGGCGAAGGAAAUAUUUGCUUUAGCUGCAAAAGGAAGCUCUAAUACUACAAAUGGCUUUCUAACUUCUCUUCCUACUGCUUCUGCAAUGGAUAAAAGUAGAACUCCUUCUGUUUCAAAUGAUGCUGGAGGAGAAGGACUUCAAUUAAGACCUCAAGAUACUAAUGGUUCUGAUUUACCAAUUGCUAGAAGAGCAUCGCUUCAUCGGUUCUUAGAAAAGAGGAAAGAAAGGGCUUCAUCAAAAGCACCAUAUCAAAUGCACAAACCCUCAUCUCCUCCCCGGCAUCCAAAACCCGAUGAAGAAAAAGAAGAAGGUCAAUCAUCGAAACAGUUUGAUCUUAACUUGUAGUUUGAUCAUUUGUUUAUAGCGUAUUUGAUUAAUUAUACAGAUUUAUUAAUUAGGGUUUUGUAGCGAUUAAUUACUUAGUUUAAAAUCCUAACUAUUCUUGUUAGGUUUUUAUACUACUUUGCUUGUACGUAUAUUAACUUAUUUCUAUUGAUUGAUUCCAUGAAUGUACACUGAAGAAUUUUCUUGAUGAUUUUUGAACGGAUAAAUUUUUCUUUGCUGAUA